GAAAGGUCCUUCUAGGCCUAUUACAAUCUUUUUUUUUAUAUCUUUUUUUUCAUAUUAAACACAUUCAUUUUCGUUUAUUGUUAUUCUAUCAGUCAUGUUUUCAUCGUCUCUCGGGACGGCCCUCGUUGGGGCAGUCCUCGCUACAAAUGUAGUGGCAUAUCCACCAGCUUAUGCACCCGACAAGUAUUCUGAUCGUAUAGAUUCCGUUCAUACCGGUAUUUCUGCCGGUGUACACUCUGGUGUGUCUGCAAGAACAUCCCACAAGCAACUCUGCAGUCAUGAUAUUGGCUGCUCAAAACAGAAUGAGGUCUUAUUAGAUACUGGAGUCAGUGCCGCAUUGGAUGUAUUUGGUCUUCUUGACCUUGGUCUCGGUGCAGAUAUCGGGAUCAGCUUUGGAAGUGCAUCGGGAUGCCAAAUCAAGUGUGUUGAUUGUCGAACAUGGGGUACAGCCGUCGUCAGCAACACCGUGGCCGAAAUUUCCAGCAACAUCAUCGAAGAGGUGAUCGAGUUCUUGGAACAUCCUUACGAAACCAUUAUUGAAGCCGCAAACUUGGAAUGUUUGAUUUCUUUGGAGGAUGUUGGAGGACACAUUGAACUCAAUGUCUUCGCCGCUGAAUCCGCCACCUACACUCUCAAUAUUUUUGAAGCUGGUCUUAUUGCCGAUAUUUCUCUCCUCGAUACUGUCUCGGUUGGCUUAAAUGUUUUCCUCGAUUUGGUCAUCUCCGUUGAUGCUCAAGUUGAUCUCUCUGCUGGUUUCGAAUUCUCCUUCCCAGAGGGUGCCUCCCUUACUGUUGAUCUCUUGGCCGGUGCUAUCAAGGACUACAAUUUCGACGGAGCUAUCAUGAAUGACCUUCCUAUCGUUGUUCUUGCUGGUGAAGCCACAUUACAAGCUUCUAUUCGCUGCAGAGUUGAGGCCGGUACUACCGUCUCUCUCUUGGGUAUUGGAUAUGGCUUUGAACUUGGUGUCUAUGCCGAUUUGCUUCAAUAUGUCACCCAAAUCGGUAGCACUGAUGACUGUCCUCUCUCCAUCUCGGGUUCGUGCGAUGUUAACAUUGGUGCAUAUGCCGCUUCCGUUGCAAGCAUCGACUUUGCUGCCUUCGAGAUUGCACCAACUGCCGCUGUUACUGUUAAUGCUGCUGCUCUCGCAGCUGUUUGCACCACUAGACCAACUUCUACCAGGGCUUUGGGUUCUAUUUCCACUGGAUCUGCUUCCAGCGGUUCUGGUUCCUCCGGCUCUGGUUCCAGCGGCUCUGGUUCCAGCGGCUCCGUUUCAUCCGGCUCUGGUUCCAGCGGCUCUGGUUCCUCCGGGUCCAUUUCCAUUGGUCUUGGCGGUGGGGUUUCUAUCGGUCUUGGAGGAUCUGGCUCUGAUUCCGGCUCUGACUCAGGCUCUGACUCUGAUUCCGCUGUACCUAAAUCUGGCUCUGGUUCCACUCCAUCUGGAACUGGACAUUUCUCGAAUGGCACUAUCCCAACUGCUUCCCAAUCAUCCGGUUCUUCCGCCACUGGUUCAUUAAUCGGCACCAUUACCGGUGCACCAUCUUUGACCACAUCUACAGUUUAUGCUACCCAAGUUACCACCAUUACUAGCUGUGCUUCAAAUGUUAUCCACUGCCCAGCAACCCUUGCAAGUACCACCGUUGUUACUCAAACCGUCGUCGAUUACACUACUGUUUGCCCAGUCACUGAGGCCGGCAACACCGCAUCAGGCCCAUUGCCAUCAUUUACUGCUACGGCCCCUGGCAAGGUUGAGCCAUCGUCCAUUCCUGGCACAAUCAUUCUUACCCCAGUUGCCUCAGCGACCACGUCUACUUACGAUGUUCCAAGCUCAACUCCUAUUGCUGUCGUUCCUGUCGGUACUGGAGCUUCAAGCACUAACUUGGCAUCCAUUACCUCCGCCUUGUCCAGUGAACUCGCGGGCUCUUCUCCUUCAUCCAGCGUGAUUGGUUUCGGAAGUAACACUGCUUCAGUUCCUUCCCCAAGCAGUACUGGAGAGCUUAGCGGUGAGACAACCUCCCCAAGCGGUUCAUCCCCAAGUGCAUCAGGUUCUGGAAACUCAGGAAGUGGUUCAUACCCAAGUGCUUCAGGACCAAACGAUUCUUCCCCAUCUGGCAGCGCUGCUGCCUCUGCCCCAUGUGUCUCAUCAGGUGCUCUUCUCUCCGGUCAAACUGCUUGCCCAGUUUCUGGCUCCAUUCCAGCUCAAACUAGCACCGAUGAACUCAGUGGACUUUCAACAGCCCCUGCUGGAUCUUCUCCAUCAGGAUCUGCCGGAUCUGGUUCAUCCCCAAGUGCUUCAGGACCAAACGGUUCCUCCCCAAGUGCUUCAGGCUCAAACGGUUCUUCUCCAAGUGCCUCAGGACCAAACGGUUCCUCCCCAAGUGCUUCAGGCUCAAACGGUUCUUCUCCAAGUGCCUCAGGACCAAACGGUUCCUCCCCAAGUGCUUCAGGCUCAAACGGUUCCUCCCCAAGUGCCUCAGGACCAAACGGUUCUUCUCCAAGUGCUUCAGGACCAAACGGUUCCUCCCCAAGUGCUUCAGGCUCAAACGGUUCUUCUCCAAGUGCCUCAGGACCAAACGGUUCCUCCCCAAGUGCUUCAGGCUCAAACGGUUCCUCCCCAAGUGCCUCAGGACCAAACGGUUCUUCUCCAAGUGCUUCAGGACCAAACGGUUCCUCCCCAAGUGCUUCAGGCUCAAACGGUUCUUCUCCAAGUGCCUCAGGACCAAACGGUUCCUCCCCAAGUGCUUCAGGCUCAAACGGUUCCUCCCCAAGUGCCUCAGGACCAAACGGUUCUUCUCCAAGUGCUUCAGGACCAAACGGUUCCUCCCCAAGUGCUUCAGGCUCAAACGGUUCUUCUCCAAGUGCCUCAGGACCAAACGGUUCCUCCCCAAGUGCUUCAGGAUCAGGAAAUGGUUCAUCUCCAUCUGGCAGCGCUGCUGCUUCUGCUCCUUGUGUCUCAUCAGGUGCUCUUCUCUCCGGUCAAACUGCUUGCCCAGUUUCUGGCUCCAUUCCAGCUCAAACUAGCACCGAUGAACUCAGUGGACUUUCAACAGCUCCUGCUGGAUCUUCCCCAUCAGGAUCUGCCGGAUCUGGUUCAUCUCCAAGUGCUUCCGGCUCAUCCCCAAGUGCUUCCGGUUCAUCCCCUAGUGCAUCUGGCUCUGAUAACUCUGGAAGUGGUUCAUCCCCAAGUGCAUCUAACGGAGCUUAUCCAUCUGGAUCUUCGCCAAAUGCUUCAGGUUCUAGCAAGCCUUCUGUCAGUGGUUCAUUGCCAGCCGUUUCUUCCAAUGGUUCUUCUCCAUCUGGAUCUAUCAACAUCUCAAGCCCAACUGGUACCUCCGAUUCCAGCGGUGCUAGUGUUACUGGAGGCUCUUCUCCAUCUGUUUCCUCGUCCGAAACUGUUUACACCACCGUUAUCGUUGAUUCCUACACCACUGUUUGCCCUGUUACCAUGACACAAACUAGUGAAGGUGUAACAAGUCUUUUGACCACUUCAACCAUUUCAACUGUUUACAGCUCAUCCACUAUGACUGCCACCAAGACUGUUGUUGUGACGCCAUCUGGUUCAUCGCCAUCUGGUUCUGCUCAAAUCACUGGCCCAGCUGGUUCAUCACCAUCAUCAUUCUCAUCUGAGACUGUUUACACUACUGUUAUCGUUGAUUCUUACACUACAAUCUGCCCAGUUACCUUGACUCAAACUACUGGAGGAACCACCAGCGUUUUGACUACUUCUAGCACCUCCACAGUCUACAGCUCAUCAACCGCUAUUGGUACACGUACUAUCACUGUUGCACCCUCCGCAACUACUGAUUCCGAGGGCGCCAGCGUUAUUCCAUCUGGUUCUGCUCAAAUCACUGGCCCAGCUGGUUCAUCACCAUCAUCAUUCUCAUCUGAGACUGUCUACACAACCGUCAUUGUUGACUCUUACACUACAAUCUGCCCAGUUACCUUGACUCAAACUACUGGAGGAACCACCAGCGUUUUGACUACUUCUAGCACCUCCACAGUCUACAGCUCGUCAACCGCUACUGGUACACGUACUAUCACCGUUGCACCCUCCGCAACUACUGAUUCCGAGGGCGCCAGCGUCAUUCCAUCUGGUUCUGCUCAAGUUACUGGCCCAGCUGUCUCUUCCCCAGCUCAAUCUUCCGAGACUGUCUACACAACCGUCAUUGUUGACUCUUACACUACAGUUUGCCCAGUUACUUUGACUCAGACUACUGGAGGAACCACCAGCGUUUUGACUACUUCCAGCAUCUCCACUGUUUACAGCACCUCUACUGUUGUCGGUACUAGCACCGUUCCAUCUGGCUCUGCUCAAGUCACUGGCCCAGCUGUCUCUUCCCCAGUUCAAUCUUCCGAGACUGUCUACACAACUGUCGUCGUUGACUCCUACACUACAGUUUGCCCAGUAACCCUUACCCACACCAGCCAAGGUACAACCAGCUUUGAGACAACCACUAGCUUGUCCACUGUUUACAGUACCUCUACCCUUCUCGCUACUAGCACCGUUGUCGUAUCUCCAGUAGCCUCCGUCCCAGCUGUCUCCCAAGGUGUUUCUACCGAACAAAUUUACAGCACAGUCUCCGUCCAAUCAUACGUUACUGUCUACCCAGUUACUUUGACUCAGACAAGCCAAGGAGUUACCAGCCUUGAGACCUCAACAAGCUUUGCAACAAUCUUCCAGUCUUCUACCAUCUAUGCCACUAGAACUGUUGCCGUUCCUUCACAAGGAACUUCUUCCCCAAGUGGUUCUGUCGUUGUUCCACAAGGUAGCGCACAAGCAUCCGCAUCCGCCCCACCCUCAACAUCUACUUUUGACAAUUCUGGUGUAACUGUUCCAUCUCCAGCUGCUUCCGUUGUUUCCACCAACGGUAUUCCUGUCGCUUCUACUCCAGCUUCUACACAAACUGGAUCUAACUCAGGAAACUCUGGAAAUGGAUCUCCAUCUCCAUCUUCCGCUAUCAACACUGACAGCGGAGAUGUGUCUUACAGCACUGUGACUGUUGUUCCAGUUGCCAGUCAAGCAGUCAGCUCAGCUCAAGGUUUGACCACAUCUGCACCAGUAGCAGGGUCCUCUCAACCAUUGACCUCUGCGGUUGGCGUAUCUGGAAGUUCAGGAUCUGAAGAAUGUUCUCAGCCAUCUGUCAUCACCAUUUCUGCUUCUCCUUCUAUUCUCACUGUUACUCAAUCUGCAUCUGUCGUUACCGUCAUUCAAACCGCCGGUGCUAGCUCUCCAUCUGGCGUUGCUUACCCAGGGACUCCUGAGAACUCUACCGUCUCUGGUCUCCCAGGUAAGGCUGUUUCAGUCUCAUCCGUUGAGGGUAUCACCAUCGCUUCAUCGACCAUGAUUGUUCCAGGUUCAGGCGUAUCAUCCACUAUCGUUGUACCAGGAGCUAUUCUCCCCACUGGAUCUGAAGUUUACCCAGUUGGCUCAUCCACUGUUGUUGUACCAGGAGCUGUCGCUCCCACUGGAUCUCCAGUCUACCCAGGUGGCUCAUCUAACGGUACCUCCGGUCAUUAUGCUAGUGGAACCAGCAUCAACAAGCCCACUCAACCAACCUCCUCUGCCACUGUCACUGGCAUCACCGCCGCCAGUGGAUCCGCAACUGCAUCCCCAAGCAUGAUUAUCACUGGUUCUGCUAGCCGUUCUAGCAUCUCCAUGGGAUUGAUUGCUGUCAUUAUGGGUGCUAUUGCUCUUUUGUAGAUUAGGUGACGAAGAAAAAAGUGGGUGUAUAUGAGUGGUAUGAACUGAACUCGAGGAUUUCCUAUGUCUGAACGAGGUAUUGAUACCAUUGAGUAUCGUGUACAGUAUUUUAAUGUAAUUUUAAUUCAAAAAUAAAUUACGGAGAGAAGAUUUGUCUAUACACUUCUUUUCGUCCAGUAGAUAGUCAAUACAUAAUUGACAACCUGUACCAUCA